AUGUCCGCUGUCGACGCAAAGCGGAGGGCGGGGGCUGCGGCUGGCGCAGGUACAGGAGCAACUUCACCAGAAGCACCUCGUCCUCUAAACCGCCAGACAUUCAGCAAUGCGCCAGAGGUCGUCGUGAACGAUGGCUUCGACGGCCGUCUCAUGCCAGAGUCUCCAGGACUCGGGGCCGCAGAUGAAGUUCCCCCGGCUUACAGCGAAUUCCAUGACCAGCUGAAUCUACACCAGGCCGGCUUCAAUGCUGGCGCGGCCGUCACAGAUGACGGUCGGGUGGACAUCAACAUCAACCAGACGAGCAGACAACUAGCCGACAUCAUAGCACCUACCCUGCGCAACCAGCUACGAGAAGACGCGAGGAUCGCCACCGAAGAACCCCUCCCGCCAGCCUACAUCCCUCCGAGUUUGGGUGGCCAGCCCGGCCAGAGCCCUCCACCCAAAUUGAACGUCGUAAUACAGAUUGUGGGAUCUCGAGGUGAUGUUCAGCCCUUUGUCGCUUUGGGCCAGAUCUUGCGAGACACCUACGGUCAUCGCGUUCGGAUUGCUACGCACGCCACCUUCCAACAGUUCGUCGAGGAAAAUGGUCUGGAAUUCUUCAGCAUCGGCGGUGACCCUGCAGAGCUUAUGGCCUUCAUGGUAAAGAAUCCUGGUCUGAUGCCAGGUAUUGAUGCAUUGAAGAGUGGAGAGAUCACCAAGCGCAGGAAGGGCAUUGAGGAGAUUGUCCUUGGUUGCUGGAGAUCUUGCAUAGAGACUGGUAAUGGCCUUGGCCCGGCACCGCGUUUCAACCGCAAGGAUAGAGAUGGUGACCCUUCGGAUCCGCCGCCAUCGGUGGUUGACACCAACUACAAGCCGUUUGUUGCAGAUGCCAUCAUUGCGAACCCGCCCAGUUUCGCCCACAUCCAUGUGGCCGAGAAGCUCGGUGUGCCGCUUCAUUUGAUGUUCACCAUGCCCUGGUCCCCGACGAGAUCGUUCCCUCAACCGCUCGCGAAUAUUCAGUCUACGAAUACUGACCCCGUAACGACGAACUACAUAUCAUAUACACUUGUCGAGAUGAUGACAUGGCAAGGCCUUGGAGAUGUCAUCAAUCGCUUCCGAACAAAGGUUCUUGAUCUGGAACCGCUCUCUUUACUCUGGGCUCCUGGCGUGCUCACCCGACUGCGAAUUCCUUAUACAUAUUGCUGGUCACCUGCCCUUAUUCCCAAGCCUACUGAUUGGGGACAGCACAUCGACAUUGCAGGGUUUUACUUCCUCAACCUUGCGUCAUCCUUCACCCCGGAACCAGACCUAGCUGCUUUUCUCGAGGGCGGACCACCUCCCGUCUACAUAGGCUUUGGCUCGAUCGUUGUCGAUGACCCCAAUAACCUUACACGAAUGAUCUUCGAUGCUGUGGCCGAGACUGGUGUUCGUGCUCUCGUUUCGAAAGGUUGGGGUGGUUUGGGAGCAGAUUCGGUGGGCAUACCCGAUGGUGUCUUCAUGCUGGGAAACGUUCCCCACGAUUGGCUGUUCAAACAUGUCUCUGCCGUGUGCCAUCACGGCGGUGCUGGGACUACUGCGGCUGGAAUCCAAGCGGGCAAACCCACGAUUGUUGUUCCGUUUUUUGGAGACCAGCCGUUCUGGGGCGCCAUGGUUGCGAGAGCCGGCGCAGGUCCUGAUCCUAUUCCAUACAAGAAGCUUACGUCGGCUGGACUUGCGGAGGCUAUCCGGGUAGCAAUCAAACCCGAAACCCUGGAAAGAGCCAAAGAGCUCGGAGAGAAGAUUCGCGAGGAAAAGGGAAGCGACCUCGGAGGGCAGAGUUUCCACAGGCACCUGGAUGUUGACAACAUGCGCUGCUCGGUUGCUCCCAGUCGGGUGGCUGUUUGGCGUGUGAGGCGUACGAGGGCACAUCUGAGUGCGCUGGCAGCCGCGACGCUGGUAGAGAGCGGCUAUCUCCAAUACACAGACCUGAAGCUCUUCCGCGCCAAGGAGUACAGCACUGAGGAUCAUCCGACCGACCCCAUAUCCGCCACCACUUCUGCACUAUUGGGAGAUAUUGGCAGUAUAGCGAUGUCUGUGGGUGACUUCCCUCGAGACAUCUUCAAGGCUGCGAAGGGUGCAAAGUCCAAAUCCACCGACAACCUUGCUUCCGAAAGCUCACUAGCAGAGAUUCCGGAUGAAUCUGCAAGUGCCACAGGUGCUGGUGGACCAGCAGACUCAACUCGGGCACAGGCGAACCCAGACGCGGUCAGCAUCCUCUCGAACCCCCUGAGCAUGAGUAUCUCCAACACCAGUGCCCAAAACUUAACACCUUCGGCAUCGGCACACUCCAAAGUCCAAUCUGAUUCGCCACCAACUCCCGCCCCGAACUGCUCGACCAAAAGGGCGGGUGCCGCUUCACCUGGAAAUAUGAACGAGAACCUCGAGAGAGCCCUCGGGGCCGGCAAGAGCAUCAACAACAUUGUAGGCACCGGUAUGAAGUCGCCAAUGAACUUUUGCCUGGGACUUGCACGGGGUUUCAGAAAUGCACCAGCACUGUACAAUGACGAUACAGUGCGGCCAACCGAGAAGGUCACAGAUUUUGCUAGCGGACUCAAAGUCGCGGGCAAAGAAUUUGGGUAUGGCCUGUUCGAUGGGAUCACCGGACUCGUCACUCAGCCUCUCAAAGGUGCGGAGAAGGAAGGUGGCGCAGGGCUGCUCAAAGGGUUCGGUAAGGGUAUUGGAGGACUUAUCCUUAAGCCAUCAGCAGCAAUUUGGUCACUCCCUGCCUACACCAUGGCUGGCGUUCAUGCUGAGAUACGAACCCUCUUUGCCCAGAGCGCCCAGAAGUAUAUUGUCGCAUCGCGAAUCUCCCAGGGCCAGUCUGACCUUGACCAAUCUUCCUUCGAGGAACGGGAGGAUCUCGAGGUUCGUUGGCUAACCCAGAAGGAAAAGAUGAAGGGGUUCUAUUCUCUGAAACAGAAAGAGAAGGGCAAGUCCCGAGAUGCGACGCCUGGCGCGCCUCAUUAUGCGACAGCUUCCACGGAAUCACUCAAUGAUCAACCACGAUCCUCCAGUUGGCUUCAGACAAGACAUAUGUCUUUUGACGAGCGGAAGAAAUUGCAAGAGCAGAGGAAAGAAUGGAAGAGGAAACGAGCUCAGUCUACGCCAUUCGUUAACGAAGAUGUUGUGACAGCUUCUGGUGCCGACAGAGCCCGUGAACUUGAAGAUGAUUACGAACAGGCCAUCCAGGCCGCGGUUCAGGAGACCUCCAGAGGUGACGCAGUAGAGGACGCACGUAUCGAGCAAGCCAUCCGAUCGAGUGUGGGCGCACGCAGAAGAAGAACUACGACAAUAAGCUCGUUCGCAUCAACAUCGUCCAAUGUCUCCACGACAGAGGGGCAGAACCCAAGUUCUGGGUAUCUGCCUGAUGCGAAGCGACCAGUCUCUGAUGUCAGACCAGAACCGCCGUUCUCACCCGAUGAUCUCGAGAAUAUCACAGAUGAGGAAUAUCAGGCCUUGAUCGAACAAGCUGUCAGGCUGAGUAUGACACAGAAUGAGCAGGAGGCCAUUCGGAUGCAUGAUCUCGAGGAAGAAGGCGGAGGGGACGAUGAACAGUCCCAGCAGGUACUGGAGCAGUCUCAGACGGAUCACACAGCCACCGCUGAAGAUGACAAACAAUACAAGGCAGCCCUCGAAGCUUCGAAGGCAGUGCAUGAAGCUCGGAAGAGCACUGGGCAUGAUAGUGCGCAUGACGGAGAGGAAGAGCUUCGCAGAGCUCUAGAAGCAUCACAGGCUGAGCAGCAGACACGAUCACCCGAUGACGAAGAGGAGUUGAAACGUGCUAUGGAAGAGUCUGAAAGGGCACAUAGAGAGGAGAUGGAGCGUGUCAACUCGUUGAAAUCGAAAGAGGACGCCGUACUAGAGUAUGUCAAGAAGCAGAGUCUUGUCGAGGCUGAAUUCCGCAAGGCGAAGGGAAAGCAGCCGAUACCUGCUGACGACGAUGACGAGGAGUUGCGGCGGGCAAUAGAGGAGAGUAUGCAAUCAGGCGGCGGCGGGCCGUCUCGGUCUUCCUAG